UCACGCAGCUGACUCAGGGAAGGGAAGGAGGCAUUUGUAUGGGGGAGUGCAGAAGAAGCAAGAGACAGCAGAAGACUGGGGUCACCUUGCUCAGAAGAGCUGUGAGCUGGUCGCUGAUGGAGGCAGGAAGGAAACCAAGCAUCAACGACCCAACCAUAUGACCCAGGUCAUAUCUGGACUGGAGAAAAGAAGACUAAUGGCUCAGGUUUUCAAAAGAGAAACUUGAACUUGGAAGGAAGUCUCCACAUUUCAGUAGUCAUGGCAUUCUUUUCCUCCUUAACCCCAGUCUUCGUAGCAAUCGUGUGUGUUUUGAUUGGGGUAAUACUGAAGAAGACUAAUAGAGAGAAGGAAAAACGUGACACUACAAGUAAGCCCAUAUCUCGCCCAUGGGUGGAUGAAGAUCUAAGAGAUGGCACUGAUCACCACUUAGAGGAAGAAGAGAACGAUGAAGAGUGGCAAGGACUUGAUGAAAAUGUUGCCCAUGUCCCCUUUGUUGCAGAGCGCUACUCUGAGGCUGAAAUGAUUAAAAGGUCACGGUCAUUUUAUGAACUUCUCAGUAAGAGGCGGUCUGUAAGGUUUCUCAGUGAUGAAUCAGUCCCCAGGGAGGUUAUUGAUAAUGUCAUCAGAGCAGCAGGUACCUCACCCAGUGGAGCGCACACUGAGCCCUGGACCUUUGUGGUAGUGCAAGAUCCAGAUUUAAAACAUAAGAUUCGGGAGAUCGUAGAAGAAGAAGAAGAAAUAAACUAUAAAAAAAGGAUGGGAGAUAGAUGGGUUAAUGACCUCAAGAGAUUAAGAACAAACUGGGUCAAAGAAUACUUGGACACUGCCCCCUAUCUGAUCCUUAUUUUCAAGCAGGUGUAUGGGAGGCUUCCAAAUGGCAAAAAGAAGACCCACUACUACAAUGAAAUCAGUGUAUCUAUUGCCUGUGGUAUGCUGCUUGCUGCACUGCAGAAUGCCGGUCUGUACACAGUGACCACCACACCCUUGAACUGUGGCCCCCAGCUGCGGGCACUGCUCCACCGCCCAGUGAAUGAGAAGCUGCUCUUGCUGCUCCCCGUGGGCUAUCCCAAGAAAGAUGCCACUGUGCCUGCACUGACUCGAAAGCCAUUAGAAGACAUUAUGGUGAUGAUGUGAACCCAGGGCCACGAGGAGAGAGCACAACCUACUGCCUGCUAGGAAGCAGCAGCCUACUGAAGUUGUUGCUUUUCCUGUGUAUUAUGCCCAGCUUUUAUGCUCACAUAUUACUGCUGCUCUGACUGUUUACACCCUUGCACCUUUUAGUGCUAGUAACCACGGUGCCUGCUUCUACUAACAGCAGCAAGUAGUCAUGCAUGGUGCAUUUAACAGGUAUUAUUACCAAUGAACCUAACCAGUCAUUCCAAGAGACAAGUACAGUAACAUUUAAAUGACCUUCAUCACUUCAUUUUUCUUAUGCACUGUAAGGACAAAUCUUUCCUUGAACUAGAACACAUAUUUUCCUUACAUUUUUGUGAUUACUAUUGAACAGCUAUUUUUAAUUCAUAAUUUUAACGGAGGUUUUAUAUCACAGAAUCACAGUAUCAUUAAAAAUGGAAAAGACCUCCAAGGUUAUCUAGUCCAACUGUCCACCUACCACCAAUAUUUCCCCACUAAACCAUAUCCCUCAGUACUACAUCUAAACAUUUCUUGAGCACCUCCAGUGAUGGUGACCCCACCGCCUCCCUGGGCAGCCUGUUCCAGUGCCUGACUAUUCCUGAAUCUGAACCUCUCCUGGCACAAGCACUGAGUAAACUGCCCUGUAGUUAUAUAUAUAUAUACAUAUAUAUAUAUAUAUAUAUUGCCCUUCUUUCCUUCUUGGAAGAAGCCACCUUGAGGCAUGGAGUUAACUGCCUCACCCUAGACAAAUCCCUGGGUAGAUCUCCCCCCUUUCCCUCAAAUGCCAGAGCCUCAAACCAAUUGUAUAAUGGUACCUAGGAAACAAGGUAUGUAGGGAUGGGGUUUGCAUGCAACGCUGAGCUGAGACCUGUUUCCAUUCCUCCCCAUCUCUUAGGUCCCCUCCCUCUGCCUGGCAGCACCAGGAGAGGGGUCUGCCACUGUUUGAGGGGUAUCACUUCAGUUCUUAUCACGUGUAUAGCAGGGAGUCGCUCUACCAGACUAUCUCCUGCUCACACACACUGAUGCUCCUUAACUUCACCUCUUCCUUGAGCUCUGCCACCAUGCUGGGCAGAUCGCCCACCAGCUCACACUCAAGCAGGCGGUCUCCCUGCCGCCCUCCACUGGCAGCAACAGGCUGAUGCACUCCCUGCAGCCACACAACUGAAAUCCCACAUUCUUUUUGGCAAGAGCUUUCUGCCCAGUGCAGACUAUGGCUGAAUUCGGAGUCUGCGAGGCAGCCGACCAUCCCUGCGCGCACUGCCGGCACCACGCCAUGAUAGCUGCACUCCGAAGGGACCGCCUAUGUACUGCGAGGGUUUGCCUGCUGUCACUCCGCCCAACACCGGGUCAGUACCCCCCGUCCCCUUAACCGUGAUCAGAUUUGUUCAUGAGGAAGGCGUUUUCCCCGUGUGCUUUUCCCUGCUCAGUAGUAGCAAUAGUGAGAUAGCGUUAAGCUCCCCCAGCUUAACACUGACAAUUUGAGACACUCUGACACGUGAAAGGUGCUUUCCUGUCACACCAAACCAGGCGUAUUUCAACCUGUUUUAAGGCUGUUUCUGCCACCAUCAGCAUUGCCUGCCGAGGGUCCCGCUUGGAGGCAGGUUUGGAGGAGCGCCGUGCGCUGGUCGCACAGCGGGUGUUUGCAGUGUCUGUGCGGGCAGUGCCCCCUGGUGGCGCUCCAGAUUGUGGCUCCCAAGUAUCAGGAAUACACCUCUCAGCUGGGAUAACAACUCAUCCUUCUGCAUAGAAGCAAUUCUGCCCUACCAGGCCCCCUCACAAAGCACUUUUCAUCUGCUACAAAAGUAAAUAUGCCCUGUUUUUUUCUUUUUUUUAAUUCAGAGCUCAUGUGGAUAUUGGGCUGUACCUUUGUCACUCAACAUUAUCUUCUAUAGCUUGGAAAUAAAGUGCUUCUGUCUGGCCCAAUUUGCAAAAGA